AUGACCGUCUCCUCUAUCCCCAGGCUCUUCAUCGCUGGCUUGGGAAAUAUCCCGUAUCCGCUAACCAGACACAGCGUCGGCCAGCUCGUCGUAGAUGCGCUUGCCUACAGGCUAGGCAUUCGCAUGGCUUCCGUUCGAGGUGGCUACUCUGGCCACGGCACGGCCCUUAUCGGAGACACGUUGGUGGACCUAACGCUCUUUAAGUCCAAGUCUUUGAUGAACAUAUCUGGGCCGUCUAUCGUUUCAGCCUACCGUCAAACUGUUGCCAACCCAAACUCUAUGAUCGUUCUUGUUGAUUCGCUGGAGCAUCGCGUUGAAGGACUCUCCGUCAAACUUGGCGGCUCCGCGAACGGGCACAACGGAGUAAAGAGCAUAAUUUCUGCCUUGGGCGGCGAGCUAGGUUUCUACCGGUUCCGUAUCGGCGUUGGGAGGGACCAGACAGACGCAGCCACAUACGUGAUGCGUCAACUGUCCUCCCACGAGCGGCGUUAUUGGGAGAACGAUGGCCUCGACCUUGUUCUUAGAGAAAUCGAAAAAGUAGCAAUGAAAGCUGGCUAA